AUGCCGGGCGAUGAAAGGGAUUUCUCUUCAAAAAAGGUCCACACAAGCAAAUCCGAUUCUCGAAUCGUCCUUGAUGAAAGCAAGCCACCUUCCUCCUCCGAAGAUUUAAUCAUGUCAGAUGAGAAUUGGAGUUAUGAAAAUCAGACCGAAGAUUCAUUAAUGUGCGAUGAAUCUUACUCCACCAACACAAAUUCCAGUACUAAAACAUCUUAUCAUCCCUCUUCUGAGCCUGAACCUUCAGCUUCGUCUUCUGGUAAAAGAUUCGUGCCAGCUCCACGUCGUUAUCACGGAAUUUUAGAUCCUCGUGAAGCUGCAGAUGAUGCUGUAUUUUUCGCUCGGGCAAACAGACGAUAUCUGCAGGGAAUCGAGAAUGUCUUUCGUGAGAAUGAAAGAAAAGCUAGGGAAUAUUUGUCUGCGACUGCACAAAGGACGAAAGCAGUUUCGAAGACGAAGGCUCGUGCGGCUUCUUCUCCUGCACUUAAUGGUAAGAAAAUCAAUUUUGUUGCUAUUUUCUAA